CGCUAAUUUGCAGACGUCAACCGUGAGGUAGCACGACCUUCUACACUGUUUGGAUUCGCGUUGAGAUGGUGGGACACCUGAUUGUCCCGUUUUUGUUAGCAUACUUCUCCCUUAUUGAAGAUGUCUUAACUGCAGAAAAUAAUCCAGCAUUCAUUGGCUAUGUAACCGUUAAGGAUAAAAGUCACUUCCGCACAGUUUUCGAGAAGCAAAUCAACAGAUCACCGACCAACCCUUCUGAAUUAUAUUAUGCCAUUCUUGGCCUUCAUUCUCUUGGUGAGAAGAUACCAAAUAUAGAUGCAAUUUGUUCUGCACUAAACAAACCUAUCACGAAUCCAGACUUGGCUUUCUAUGCAAGUGUGGGCCAAAAGAUCUUGGGCUCCGCUAAAUGCAAGGUAUCAAUUCAAGAAGUCGAAAAACUAUCCAAACAGUUGUUGGCUCAAGAUAUAACGAUUGAAAACUUAUAUUUUGUAGUUUCAUCCAUGAAAAAUCUAGGAAUAAAAAUUGAUACUAAUCAGGUUACUGCAACAGUCAACAAACUGAAAGCUAAGGACAACACUCCAACAACGUAA